UUUCCACAUCUACGCCGCCAUCAAUCCUUUCGACCCAUCACUCGGCCACGCUUCUCCGUGAUCAUGUUCGAUCGCUACUCGACAACACAUCCCCGUCGUCCCCCUCUCCCUCUCACUCUUGUGCAUCCCCUCCGCUUCGGGCGAUUCCUCAGAUCACCGACCAUCGAACCGGCUGAAAGUACAAGUACCUCGACCGGUUCAGUUCGAUAGGAACGAUAUCCUCGCCCUCGUCGUGUUCCUCACUUCGUCUCGCCAUUACCCUUCGACCCGACCGACCUGAUCGACAAUGAUGGCUCCUUCAUACCACCCUUACCCUACGACGCCCGUCGUCCAUCAACCCUACUUUGUCAACGCUCCUCACGCAUCGACCUCGUACCACAUCUCAUCACCUGCCGCUCCCAUGAUCCCAUCAGCACCUUCGUUCGCCUCGGGACCUUCCAGUGGUUUCUCUCCAGUCUACUCGCCCAGCCCAGCGCAAAGUGCAUACUUCGCUCAUCCUCAUCACGGAUACCAAGGCUACCAUCCCUCGCCAUCAUAUCCUGCUGUGCAUGAGCAUGUCAAGUCGAACCCGGCAACUGGUUUGCCUACCGAGAUGAGAGCUCUGCCUCACGCGGCCGAGUACACCAGCUUUGCGCCGACGACUUCCCCCGGCAGCGGUCGACGAGCCGAACUUCCCAUUGGCAGGCGACAACGGGUUACGAUGGCAUGCACAUAUUGCAGGAGGAGGAAAAUCCGAUGUGACGGAGGUUCGCCAUGCACCAACUGCACUAGAGGUCACCGCUGCUGCGACUACACCCCUAUCUCCGCUACCGAGUCUACCAAGGCCAGCCGUGCCCGAAAGAUGGCUCAGGCGCUGAGAGAGUCUAUGCCCGAGGAUAUGAGCCGACCCAGUACAUGCUCGACUUCGUCCGGUUCUGCCGACCGCAAGCGAAGUGAGGGGGACUUCGCGUUUGGUCUAGAGAGCGCUCCGCCUCCUGGCGUGGGACCUUUCCACCAGGUAUCACAUGGUACCAUGCAUACCUCGGCUGUCAAGCCUUCGAGACACAUCGGCAAUUUCCAGCCUUUGACCCAGGAAACUCCUUCGGUCCUGAUGCCCAGCGUGACUAUCGCCCCUCCUUCCAAAAAGAUCUCCGCCACCGAUAUGGGACACAAUGUCGUGCCCUUGGUCUACCAGCCCAUCCGAUCGGACAGCUCUGGCUCGUCCACCUCGAGCGAGUACCCUCGGUCCGUUCGCCCUCAGCUGCAUCACUCUCGCACCGGUUUCACCUCGAUCGGACCCGUCUCGCCCCCUUACACCCCCUCGACCAACGACAAAUAUCCCUCGUCAGGACCCAGCAUGGUUGACAUCUCUGCGACACCCGACCUCAUCACCCCGAUGUCGGGUUUCAACUUUGACAACGGACCUAUGAUGUCUUACCCCCGGGCCUACCCCUCGCGAGACGAGACGGAAAGGUACCAAACCAUGGCGCCUGCUUCUCAUAGUCAGGGGUUCCUGCAACCCACGACUUUCGUACACGGGAACGGGUACCAUGGCAUGACCUCUUUUUCGGCACCCGUCUCUCCUAGUCAUGGUGGCAACCUUCGUCGGACCAUCAGUCAAGGACCGCACGUCUAUGGCACGGCGAUGCCGCCUUCCACCUAUGCCUCUCAGAUAAGCAACGGUGGACUGGUCGGCUUGGGGAUCAUGAUGCCCACUGGAGAGCCUGACUUGUUCGACGGGCUCAAGCCGCAGGGGCAACCCGGCUCUGCCAUACACUCGGGCAUGUGAUGGAAUGAAUGAUGACCCGAUAGUGAAAGCGAUGUCUUGUCCCUUAUAAUCACGUAGACGACCCAGGUUUUACAGUAACGAUAGGCCACGAUAGAUUGAUAGAACCAGGAUGAUGAAUAUAACGAUAAUU